AGAAACAUAGAUUCAAAAAUUCUUACACUUCACACUCAAUAGCAUGGACUCUGAAAAUUUGAUAAAUACUGAGCCGUUUUAUUGGACAAACAAAUCCAUCUAUGCUAAUAACUAAAUUGAUGAAUUUUGUGUGUUUCAAAGCCAGGAACGCUUCUAGUGUAGCAGAACGAAUGACAUAAUCAUACAAUGUCAUCGAUUUCCCAUUUCAAUCUUAAUAUCAGAGCACUCUGUAAAGAGGGUCGGUUGAAGGAGGCGCUGCACGUUCUAUUUACUACACAAAAGCCUCCUGUAGAUUCUUCCACAUAUCUUCAUCUUUUAAACACCUGCGUUGCAAAGGAUGCGCUUUCAGAGGGUAAACGAAUCCACUCUCACAUCAAUGAAAGUGGAGUUACAUUCACAGCAGACACAUUUUUGCAGAAUAAAGUUAUCAACCUGUAUGAUAAAUGCGGCAGUUUGGUAGAUGCACGCCAUGUUUUUGACCAUAUGACUGAACCAGAUGUCUUCUCAUGGAAUAUGAUAAUUGCAGCUUACAAAAGCCAUGGUUUUACUCAUGAGGCGUUAGCACUGUUUCAUAAAAUGCUAUCAACAGGUGUACAACCAGAUGGGUUCACUUUUGCCACCAUCCUUCCAGUGUGUGCAAAAAUGGGAGUUUUGGAACUGGCUACUGAUAUGCAUCAAAGAAUAAUUGAAAGUGGGAUUUUGUCAGAUGUUGUAGUUACCAAUGCCCUCAUAGAUAUGUACGUAAAAUGUGGAAAAAUACACAAGGCAUGCGACUUGUUUGACAAAAUGCUCCAUCCAAAUGUGAUUUCAUGGACUACCAUGGUUGCUGGAUAUGUACAAAAUGGUCUCGGUCGAAAGGCUGUAGAUGCUUUCAAACAAAUGCAGUUGGGAGGUGUCAAGCCAAACUCAGCAACCUUUGCCAGUGUCAUCUCAGCUUGUGCCAAACUAGGAGCUUUAGAACAGGGCAUGGAGGUCCAGCAAAGAAUCUUAAAAAGCGGGUUUUUCUCACAUAUUUCAGUGGCAAAUGCCCUGAUGGACAUGUAUGCGAAAUGUGGAAACAUAAAAAAGGCACAAAGUUUGUUUGACAAAAUGCCUCGUCGGGAUCUCGUCUCGUGGAAUACAAUCAUUUCUGGAUACGCACAAAAUUGGCUCGCCGAGAAGGCUUUGAAGAUUUUUAAGCAAAUGCGAUUGACGAAUUUGAAUCCAAACUCUGCAACCUUCGUUAGCAUCCUCCCAGCUUGUGCCAAGUUUGGAGCUGUCGAACAAGGUAUGGAAAUCCAUCAAAGAAUAACAAAAAGCGGAUUUCUGUCAGAAGUUGUAAUUGCAAAUGCCUUGGUCAACAUGUAUGCAAAAUGUGGAAUUAUAUCGAAGGCACGAAGAUUGUUUGAUAAGAUGCGUAAUGCAAACUUGGUCUCAUGGACUGCAAUGAUUGCAGGAUAUGCAAUGCAUGGCUGUAGCAAGGAUGCUCUCGAAUUGUUCGAACAAAUGAAGUUCUAUGGACACAACCCUGACCAUAUAAGCUUAGUUUGUGUUCUAUUUGCGUGCAGCCAUGCAGGUCUAGUAGAUGAAGGCUGUAAAUACUUCAGUUGCAUGAGUGACUCUUAUUGCAUUACACCUACAUUGGAUCAUUAUGUAUGCAUGGUUGACCUUCUUGGUCGUGCUGGUUAUCUUCAAGAAGCUCUAAAUUUUGUUGUCAAAAUGCCAGUAAAACUUGAUGUGUUUGUGUGGUUGUGCUUGCUCUCUGCUUGUCGAUCAGAAAAGAACAUAAGACUAGGAGAAUUCGUGGCAACACUCCUUUUUGAGUUGGAAUAUGGACAUAAUGCUCCUUAUGUUCUUCUGUCAAACAUUUAUGCAGAAGCGGGCAGGUGGGCUGAUGUUAAAAAGGUGAGGAAAUUGAUGAAAGACAGAGGAGUUAAAAAAAUUCCUGGAUGCAGUUGGAUUGAAGUGGAUAAAAUGGUACAUGCUUUUUGUAUAGGAGACAGAUCACACCCACAAACGCAGGAGAUCUAUGCAAAGUUGGAGAUACUGUCUUGGGAGAUGAAGGCAGCAGGGUAUAUUCCAGAUACACGGUUUGUAUUGAAUGAUGUGGAGGAGGAGGAUAAGGAAUUCCUCCUAUGUCACCAUAGUGAAAAGUUGGCAAUCACUUUUGGGUUGUUAAACAUGGCUGCUGGAACAACUAUUAGAGUUGUCAAGAACCUUCGAGUAUGUCGUGACUGUCACACUGCAUCAAAGUUUAUCUCCAAGAUUGUUGCAAGAGAAAUUGUUGUGAGAGAUGCAAACCGGUUUCAUCAUUUCAAACAUGGACAGUGUUCUUGUGGAGAUUAUUGGUAAUAUUAAUUUAAGCAAGCUAUGAACAAAGUCUUACACGGUAACAGUGUGCAUGUGUCAGAUACAAUGGCCAGGGUGUGUAGCUCUGGAGUGUAAGUCUGGAGGAGGAGGCUGAAGCAUGGGAGAUGUCGAGGAAAGGAAUACUUGAAGGAAAUGGAAAUAUGCUCAGAGUCCAGACAGCAGGAAAUAUGAGAAAAGGGCUUACAAUCAAUGCAUUGCUUGGAUAUGAUGAUGAGAGCAUCUCGUGGUUAUUCUUUCCUCCUACAUUUGCCAUUAUAUAAUUAUAUUAUCUGGAUUAAUUCUAUUAAACAAGAGAGUAUUUACAGUUUUAUCAACCACUGCACUCUUCUAAAAUCAAGAGGCUUCAUAUAAAAGGGUAUUUCUGUUGGGAAAAAUGGAGAUGGUGACUCCACCGCAGAAGCUAGUCCAGACUAGCUGAAUUGUCAGUCGCUCAACCUGACAUAUUGGUACCUUAUACCAAUAUGUGUGUUUGAAUUGGUUUUUUAAUUUAUUUUACAUAGCAGGGAUAUUCAUUACAAGAAUGAGUGCUUGUUUCUUCCAGGUCUUACAACAUCACCUCCUGACAAUCCAACUUUUAUGCGUACAUCCAUCAACUUAUUGGUCCUUCAAUAUUUUAAAGAAGUGUUUGUAUUUAGUAGUAUGGCCUUAAUACAAACACUUGUCCCUUACAUGGAGAGUUUUAUACACCAAUGUUUUCCCGUAUCUUUAUGGAUAACAAACAUAAUGCGAAGGAUUGUCACAUUGUGAAAAUGGGUAGACUGGUGGGAAUUCCCACGAAACCAAUUGCAAAUGACAGAUCCUUAAGGAGAAAAUUCUUAAAUACUUCGGAUUCCCCUAAGGACCUCUUGGGAUUGACCUCAAGGAGAAAAGUUUUAAACGCCUUGGACAUAGUCUACUCCAUUGUCACACAACAUUUUCAGUGGUUUUCUAGAUUGCCUCUCAACAAAGCUUUUGAACAACUUAGCAUCCUCAUUUUUCCAAGGGACCUUCUAUGAUCCAUAAUGUUUCAAUCAAAUCUCUAUGUAAGAAACAGAUGUCUGAUCUGUAUUCAAACUUGAAAUUUCCCUACUGUAUCAAACUUAUCCUUCAUAAGGUUAAAUACAGAAAGGAAUAUUUAAUGUUUGAUUGUGUAUUAGAGAGUUAUUCUGAGUAUAUACUGUUAAAUGUGUGAAGUCCAAAGGUCAUCUGACCAUUCCUCUUCUCCCCGUGUCUUCAUUUGCUUGUUGUCUCUUCAUAUUUGGAGAGUUAAAACACUUAUAAAAUGAAGAGACUCUAUAUUAGCUGUAACAGUGAAUAGAAGAUAAUGCCCUGCUUUCCCGUA